GGAAUCCCCAAUUUCGUUUCCAAUUUGUAAAUAAAUUAAAAUACAUGUAGACAUAGUUCGUUCAUAGAAAUAACAACUUUAUUGUUGGAUUUAGUUUAUAUGAGAGCUAAAUAUUGAAAUCAACAUGGCUUCAACAAAACCGUCUCGCAAGUAUCCAAGAAAACCAAAACGGGAUAAAGAUGAGUUUUUUAUGUUUAAGAAAGACAUCCCAAUUGUAAAGGCAUUCAAAGAGAAGAUUCAAAGGAUGUAUGAAAUACAGAUUCAGUUGGAUUCAAAAGUGGAUGAAGGACAAUGGUUAAUCAUAUUUGGUGAUCCAGUUGACAGAAAGAGUUCAAAGAGUUACAUCCAAGCCAUCUGUACUCCUGAAGAGCGGAAAGUUGUUCAGUUUCCAAUGCACACUGCUAUGGAAUUGUCAGAUGCCCAUAAACUGGAAGCAAUCGAAAUAAAAACAAAUGCAUGCAUUAAACCUCUUGAAAAUAUUGCCCAGUUUGAAAUCACAGGUUCUGAACUUGCUGUCACAUUAGCUUUGUCUCGUCUUGAAGAGUUAGUUGGAACAUCCAUCAUAGAAAAUGCUGUUGAUGGCGACUUUAACUCUUACGAAGCUGGUGUUAUUAAAAUUUCUCCUUCCACAAAUUGUGGUCGAAAAAGACUGUCAGACAAAUUAGAAAGAGCUCUUUCGAAGAACAGCGAUGGUGGAUGCAGUGUUGAUGAUUAUAAACAUGCAAAGCCCUCAGUUCAGCGGGUGUUGCUUAAUUGUUUGCAAGAUGAUGAUGCAGAUGACAUUGAUGAUGAUGCUUUGUUUGAUGAAGGUGCAUCGGAUGCUAACUCUAACUCUAAGAAGAAUUAUAAAGUGCAUAUUUAUGAUGACAGUGAUGAAAUGGAGAUAGGGAACGUUAGUGAUAAAUUUGCUGACUUGAAUUUGAGUGAUUUAAGUGAUUCAGAACACAAAGCAUCUGAUACCGAAGCUGUUAGUGAACAUGAAAAAUACUUACAAGACUAUGCUACCCGCUUAGGGUUUGAAAAACAGCAUAUUGAGUAUGCUUUAACUAUGGUGGAUGCAUCAACACGUCCAUCAGACUUCUUCAGCCUCGUGCAAAAAAUUUCAACUAGUCGUGGCUCAUCAGUAAAACAGUCUGUAGAAGUUAGGGAUGACAUUUCCAGUGACAAUAAAGCUAACAAUAAUGAAGAUGACAUUAUUAUAGAAUCAGUUGAAGAAGUUGUGAUACCAAGCCCAGUGGAGGCCCCAAAGGCAAUAAGAAAAGUAAAGACUGACAUUCCUGAGGGCUACAAAGAAAUGCUGCUAAGAGACUGUCAGCAGGAAGAUGAAAAUUGCUCUGUGGAAGAACUUAAGCGCAGAAAUGCAGAAAGGCAAAAACUGCUUAGAGAAAACUUUGAAAAACAACAAAAAUAUCAAGCGUCUGAUGGUGUAAGUAAAAAGAAGAGAAAUAAAAAAAAUAAAACCAAACAACUUGAAAAGAACACUCCUGUUGAGCACCCUACAUCAAGAACCUACUCGAAUGACGAGGAUCAAACUUGUGUUUUGAGAAUAUAUGAUACUCUACAGCCAUCAGGAUCAGUUGGGACCCUUGAGGAAUUCACCGCAGUUCCCAAUCGAAAAAAAGAUAGUGGUCAGACUGGGCCAUUCACCCCUGGCCGACCAGCUUCAACCCAGGGACAAAAAGGUUUCUCAAGGGCAUCCAAAAUGCCAACCACCAAUCAGGGAAUGAAAGAAUAUCAUCACUAUUCAAAUACUCCAAAUACCAAUCAGGGACAGCAUCAAUUUACUCAGCCCUCGGCUUUGCCAGCUAUGGAUCAGGGUCAGCGUCCAAUAGGAUUAUCAGGCAACCAGGUUCCCCAGUCGCCUCAGGGUAGGACACACAAGCCCAUGCAGGCUGUUGUUCCGGUCCAACUGGCAGGGAAAUCACAGUCACAGGGGCCGGUAGAUCCCAAGGAUUUGAGAUCCAUUGUUAUUGAUGGCUCAAAUGUUGCAAUGACGCAUGGCAAUGGAAAGAUAUUUUCGUGUCGAGGCAUACAGAUCUGCGUGGACUACUUUAAGCAGAGAGGUCAUGACCUGAUAACGGUGUUUGUGCCGAAUUGGCGUAAUUGUAGACCUGGCCCAGACAACAACAUUCUUGACCAAGAAAUUCUGCAGGAACUGAAAGAUAAGGGAGUGCUGGUUUUUACGCCAUCCAGAAAGAUAGGGAGAAAAAUGGUGGCUGCUUAUGAUGACAGGUUUGUUUUGGAGUUGGCCGAGGCUGAAGAUGCCAUCAUAGUGUCUAAUGACCAGUACAGAGAUCUUAUGGAGGAGAAGGCGAUAUGGAAAAACAUCAUUCACACACGACUAUUGAUGUACAGUUUUGUGAGAGACCUCUUCAUGCCUCCGAACGACCCCCUAGGCAGAACUGGACCCAACCUGGAUGACUUCCUAAGGGUAUCAACGGAUCUCGACAGGUUUGCUCCUUAUCAACAUUUUCAACCUAGAAUGGACUAUCCAGUGACACCAAAAGGCAGGGGUGGUCAUCCACCGAGUCAAGGAUAUUAUCAGACCGGGCUGCAAGACGGACAAAACUGCAACACCGGCUAUAAGAAUAACCCUAGUUCUCCUUAUAAACCUGUGAUAAUUUACAGCGAUGAAGUUGAUGGAGCAACUAAACCACUUUUUAACACACCAAAUAAAGGAACAAGACAGAAUGCAUGGGCAAAUACGGGUCAAGGUCAAAAUGCGUAUGCAAACCCAGGUCAAGGUCAAAGUGCAUGGGCAAACACAGGUCAAGGUCAAAGUGCAUUGGCAAACACAGGUCAAGGACAAAAUGCAUGGGCAAACAAAGGUCAAGGUAAAAAUGCUUGGGUAAACACAAAUCAAGGUCCCAAAUACCGCAGCAGAUCAGAACAGGUGACUCAGGAGUUAUUGCAAUCUUUGUUAGGGAUAUUUCCAGAACAAGAAGAAACUGUUCGAAAGGUACUCAAUAAUCAUUCAGGAGAAACUAACAUUGAAAAACUGGCCAACUACUGUGUUGGUGCUUUAUCAGAUUAGCAGGUAGGGAUAAGAUACCAAUGCUUCCUUUGCAUACAAAGGCUUAGGUAAUAUAUAUGAACCAACAUGUACUAAUUAGCAGUUACUGGUAGAUUGCAGGGAUCCUGAUAGGGUUUGACGCUAAAGGAGACUGAACCACAUGACCUAUUUUGUCAAUGAGUAACUAGGGGGAGGAGGGCUUGGAGGUGUCCAGUUUCCAGGUGAUGAAACACAUUGUUUCUGGUUAAUAACUUAUCUCUUUCAGUGCUAAAACUUAUCUCUUUCAAUGCUGGUACCGAAUUUUGAAGGCGUUCGCACAUAACGUGGUGUCUCAUCAGGAUCCAAACUGUUUGCUAUUUUAAUAGUAUUCUUUGAAGAAAAAACACGAAGAAAAUGCUUAUUUAAGAAAUUCAGCAGACACCAUUUUAAGCAGACGACAAAUAUCCUAGCAUGCAAAGAGUUAAAGUUUGUGUGACCAAUAAUAAUGAUGAAGGCCUAGAUUUGGGGUGUGAGAGGUCAGGGUCAAGAACACUUACAUGAAGAUCUAUCUUGGGAUUGAAUUUCAGUUCAAUGAGGUCAAGGCUUCUUUAACCCUUUGCAUGCUGGGAAAUUUGUCGUCUGCUUAAAUGUCGUCUGCUGAAUUUCUAAAAUUAGCAUUUUCUUCGAUUUUUUUCAAAGAAUACUAUCAGAAUAGCAAACAGUUAGGAUCCUGAUGAGAUGCCACGUUUUGUGGCGUCUCAUCUGGAUCCAAACUGUUUGCAGAGGCCUUUAAAAUCUGUUCCCGCACUGAAAGGGUUAAAUGAAGAAAAAAAAACACAGAAAAAAUGGGGAUUUCAGUCAAUAACUUUAAUUUGAAUUCAUCAAUCUCGAUGAAUUUUAAGAUAUAGCAAUAUUGGAUUGAGACCAAGCUUUGGAAAGUGUUUGGAUGUUUUGUAUGUGGGGCAUAUAGGGUAAAGAUCAAGGUAACUAUAACAAAAGAUAUAGAAAUGGCUCAUUCUUAAUAUCAUGUGGAUUGAAGAGACUUAAGGUUUGCUUUCAGGUAUUUUUCACACAGCCAUAGCAUGUGAUUUCAUUUUAAUCCAUUUAUGCCUAGCGUCUAGAAAAAAUGCCUUGGCAAACAGCGUAGACCCAGAUAAGACGUCGCAUGAUGCGGCGUUUCAUCAGGGUCUGCGCUGUUUGCUUAAAGGAAUUUCUGUAAGAAAUAUUCUAAAAAAAGAAAUAAAUGUACCAGACAUCCCUAAGUUUGGAAAUGAAUUGAUCCAAUUAAAACGGGCAAUUUAGGAUGGGAGUUGCUUAAAAUAAUUUCUGUAAGAAAUAUUCUAAAAAAAGAUAUAAAUGUACCAGACAUACCUAAUUUCAGAAAUGAAUUGAUCCAAUUAAAACGGGCAAUUUAGAAGGAUGGGAGAGUCCACUCGGCAUUAAUGGGUUAAUCCAGUAAGGUCAAGGUCACUUUAACUCAAAGUGAAAAAAAUGAUUUCCAGUAACAGAGGGGGUAAUCACGUGAUAGUCAAGAUGGCGACAUUCAUGCUCAGGCAGGUAUUUUUCGACGUUUUAUACCCUUUAUUACUUGUAUUUUUCCUUUAAAUGCCCCUCACUUUCCAGCCAUAUCAGCAAGAAAGUUACUAGCGUUUAUGUCACGUUGAUAUUCGCUCUUUAUCUCGACUACUCGCUGCAAAAUUUCUUAGCUGGAUGACCUAAUUAAAGCUCCGCUAAGAAAAUGUGCGUGGAGUAAAGUCGAGAUAUAAAGCGAAUUUAAAUACGAAAUAAACGCUAAUCACAUGUUUACUGAAAUUGCUGGAAAGUGAGCGUCAUUUAACAAUUAAACAAAAGUAAUAAAGGGUAUAAACCGGCGAAAAACAAGUGUCUCAGCAUGAACGUCGCCAUCUUAACUAUCACGUGAUUACCCCCUCUGAGUAAAAAACUCAAGUUUGGAUAGAGGUAUAAAACUGAAUUUUGUUGUUGUUGCUUACAUGCAGACCUAGCAUGGGGGUUCUUCAUUUGGGUCUGUUGGGUUAAGGUAAAGGACACUGUUACUAAAAAUAUGAAAUAGUGGUUCAUUGCUCCAUAAAUUGAAGUUUCUGGAUAAAUUUGCAUGAAACAUCUAUGAUAAUGUUUUAUAAUUAACUUCAAUUAAGUACAGUAUGUGAUCUUAUUGCAGUUGUUUUUAUUCAACUUAAAUCAAUGCCUAGAUUUUAUAUGCUCUCUCCUAAAUGUUGAAAAUAGUGAUAGUUCUCAAUACUUACACCUUCUAAUGGGUAUUUUUACGACUUUUUACGCAAUGGCCCGUAUAAUCGGGCGCUCUGAUUGAAUAUUGCGAUUGUCUCAUGAGCAGUAUAGUGUUUCAUGCUUGCAAUUGACUAUGAGUGCUACAGCUUGUCUUUAACAUUGCUUCAGACGGUGCAUUAUGAAUAGAUCUCUUCUUCAUCAAUUAUUAUUGUGAGCAGAUUUUUUAUUCUAUUAUUGUUCAUAAGAAUGAAAUGCCCAGUUAUAUGGCUAAUUUUAUUGUAAUGUUUCUUGUAUUUUUUUAAAUAUAUUUUUUAGCAUUGUUUAUCAGUAAAUUAACACUGGUUUCAUGUUCUGAGAAUAAAAUGUAUGAGCCACAAGACAAAGAUUUGUUUGUUGACCCAAAAACAAAUAUAUUAGUUUGACCUUACCAAUUUUAUUGGAAAGGAAAUGACAACAUAUACAUGAUGCUGAGAUGCAUGUAAUGAUUGACCUGUUUGUUCUUCUGUCUGUAAGAUGUUACUUCUAAAUGAAAAGUUUUAUAGUACAGCAAUAAUGUUUUCAACAAAGCUUUGAUUGUUGUAUUGAUUUAAUAUAUGACGACCCUUAAAUCACCCAUAUUAUCUGACCUCGUUAUGACUUUGACAUGAACCUUCUUUUGGACUUGUUCUUAUUCUUGGUUUACCCAAAUUGGCAUGUUUCGUAUAACAUUAAUACAGCUUUUUGCAAAGUUUUAAUACCUGCAUGGAUGUUAUAUAUGAAAAAUCUCUUCACAGCAAUAUCACCUGACCUUAAUUUGACAUUGACAAUGACCUAUAUAUGGACUUAUUCAGAAGGUCAAAAUUCUUGUUAACCCAAAAAUGACACUUUUGUCUAACAUCAUUACAGCAUGCUAGAAAGCUUUGAUACUUGCAUGUGUGCGUUCUAUGAACACUAUCAUUACACCAGCAUACCGUGAACACAUUUUCAUGUUUACAUUGAACUCUUUUUUUCACUAAAACAAAUACAGAAAAUCUUAAUGUUUUGUUAAGCCAAAACGACAUGUUUUGCCUAACAUCAUUAAUUAUACUUGCUUGACUGAUGUUUUUGAACACGAUCAAUACACAAACAUCGCCUUACGUCAUUUUGACCCUGACAUUGACCCAGUUUUUGACUUGGACUAAUUGAUUAUUCAGGUUAAAAUUCUCGUUUGAUUUAAAUUGACUUUGAUGAAUAUCAAUACUUCUCACUAAAAAGCUCUGAUUUUUCCAUUCAACGGUCACCACACAUCACCCGACCUUGUUUUGACCUUGACAGUGGCCUACUUUCUGACUAAGACUCGUUGAAAUGAUAUUGACAAGGCUUCCACCAGGGGCAUCAGUGUUCAUUUAACUCAGCAUUUUGUUUAUUGUGCUAUGGAUUAGGUCUUAUUUUUGUGUUAUUAUAUUGGAUUGUUUCACAAUUCUUUUGAUCUUUGUCUUUGGGUAUCAGCAAAUAUCCUGUUGAAAUUGUAAAGUAUAAAUACAAACAAUGUCACACGCCGACUCUCCAUGUUGUACUUAAAGUCUAAUUAUCAAGCAUAGUCUUAUUCUUAAAAUAUUGACUAAUGAGAUUUCUUCUUUAACCCUUUACCACUCAGAUACGAAUUUUCAUGCAUUUGUAGUCCCUUAGAAAGUUAUAUUUGAUUUAAGACCUUUCUUACUAGAUACUGAUGAGCAGCAAAUAGCAUUAAACCUGAACAGACUGCGAGUUGCUUGCAGGCUGUUCUGGUUUUAUGCUGUUUGCACAUAACCAUUUUCACUUGGCAUCUAAGUGGGAAAGGGUUAAUUUGCUCUGUUAUCUCAAUUGGUUAAAAUAACUGUUACAAGUUAAGAUUUGACUUUAGAAAGCAUGGAGCCAUUGGUGCAUGUAGCCACUUAAAAGAACUCUGACGAAUUAUAUGAAAUAUGUUUCUACUGUAACUUUUUAAAGUGCAUUAUCAACUCCAAUGAAAACAGUGUAACAGUAUAGAAAGUUUCAUUUCAUGAGCAUGUUUAACAUUUAUUCUGGUGGAACAGUUCAUGUUUUUCAAAAAUACAAGAAUGUGCAUUGCUCAAGAAGAAAGCAUUGUAACAAUAUUAGUUGGAAACAUAUUGCAGCUUAAUUGUACAUAGCAUUAUAUCUUUUAUGUAUUUUAGUUGUGCUUUAUGCGGUCUGUGACAAGUUUUUAUCUUAAAUCUUAGUUUAUUAAAUUUGUUGAAGGAAUUAGAUAAUAAUAAUUUAUUUUUGUGAAGCUUUUGUUUUAUUGCUGUUUUUUGUGCUAUGCCACCAUCGACUCACAGAAGGAGGGGUAUAUUGUACUGCAUAUGAGUCACGUUCUGAGAAAACUGGGCAUAAUGCAUGUGCGUAAAGUGUCGUUCAAGAUUAUCCUGUGCAAUUUGCACAGGCUAAUCAGGGACAAAACUUUCUGCUUUUAUGACAUUUUAAAUUUAAAUGAAGUCUCUUCUUAGCAAAAAUGCAAUUUAGGCGGAAAGUGGACUGCAAAGCUAAUCUGGGACAACACUUUACGCACAUGCAUUUAGCCCGGUUUUCUCAUAACGUUACUCGUAUGUACAUGUCAAUCAGUUUGACCGUUGUAAGGUCAGUUGGUUGAUCAGAUGAUCUCUAGAACACUUUGUGUCUGCAUGAUAUCGAGAGAAUGCUUUGACAUAUGAUCAUGCAUAUUGGUAUUAUGAUUACUUGGUAUGAUAGGACAACACCUAAUUGAUUUUUUAUGUCUGUUGAUCAAAGGUCAAGGUCACAGGGGCUUGUAAUAUUAUGUAUUCAACUUUUCUUUUGGUACACUAUCUAGAGAAUCUUUUACCUAUGAUCAAGAAGAAUUACAAAGCAGUUACUUCUGUGGUCAUGAAGACACCUGUAGAUUUUGAGGUCAGUUUAAAGGUCAAUGUCACAAUGGAGUUUAAAGUGAAACUGGUUAUUGUUGUAAAUUUUGAGAAUGCUUUAACCUGUAAUCAUGCAAAUUGUUAUGAUGGUUACUUAAGAAGGAAGAGGUCUAAUUAUUUUUAGGUCAACAGAUCUAAGUUCGAGGUGAAUGGGGCUAUUACAAGAAGAUGUAAAUCAUCGUGAGAACAGUUUGACCUGCGAUUAUGCAUAUUUGUAUAAUAGUAACUUGGUACCAAUGGCCGCUGCUUAUCCAUGUAUGGUCAACGGGUCAAAGGUCAGUCACACAUGUAAAUAAGUAUCCUGCAGAGUCAUAAAAGAAGGAAUAUUCAUAUCGAUUAGCAUAUCAGGAGGUUUUAGUUCAAUGCGUGUUAUAUUAAAAUAUCUAUAUACAAUUAUCCUGAAUUGACUCCACUUGGCUUCUGGGGGGGGGGGG